UCACGUGGGUGCGGCCUGCUAGAGCCUGAGCCCGAGCCUCUACGCCUCGAGUAAUUGCCGCUUCCUGACGCAAUGGCGACUCUGAAGAUUGUUCCCACAGGUCUAAAUGUCGGGACGUUUAAUUCCGAGUUGCUGCGACCUCAACUUCCGCGCCGUACAGCUACUGGAGGACAGAGGUCAAGGGUAAACAUAAGGGCUGUCUCCGCUCCGGUCCAACAAGCUUUAGAAUACCGAAAGCUGGGAGACUCCGAUCUCCUGGUCAGCGAGAUCACCCUUGGAACCAUGACCUGGGGUAACCAGAACUCUGAAAGCGAAGCUCAUGAGCAGCUGUCGUAUGCUUGGGACCAGGGGGUCAAUAUUCUUGACGCAGCAGAAGUUUACCCAAUCCCAAUGUCAGGUGAUACUCAAGGAAGAACAGAGCAGUAUAUCGGAAAUUGGCUCAAAACCAUGCCGCGUGACAAGGUGAUUGUUGCGACCAAAGUAGCAGGUUAUUCGGAGAGAUACCAGUAUCUUCGUGAAGGUGGAGGAGUAACGCGGGUGAACAAAAAGAACAUCAAGGAAGCUGUAGAGGGCAGUCUAAAGCGACUUGGAACUGAUCAUAUUGACCUUUUACAGAUCCACUGGCCAGAUCGUUAUGUGCCGUUGUUUGGGGAGUACAUGUACAACACUGAAAAAUGGCGCCCUAGUGUUCCCUUUCAAGAGCAGCUUGAAGCGAUGCAGGAAGUCAUUCAAGAAGGCAAGGUUCGUUACAUUGGAGUCUCAAAUGAAACAUCAUUUGGUGUAAUGGAGUUUCUACAUGCGGCGAAGACAUGUAAUCUACCAAAGAUAGUGAGCAUACAAAACAACUACAGCUUGCUUGUCCGGUGUCAUUAUGAAGUGGAUUUGGUGGAAGUUUGCUCUCCUCAAAACGGAAAUGUUGGUUUGUUAGCUUAUUCGCCUCUUUCAGGAGGCACACUGAGUGGUAAAUACGUCUCUGAUCAAAUCACAGAAGGAACGAAGACUUGGAGGCUCAACAUGUUUCCUGGAUACAUGGCUCGGUACAGGAAAUCUUUGGCCAAGGCUGCUGUAGAGGCCUACUUACAAGUUGCAAACCGUCACAACAUGUCACUGGUCCAACUCGCCCUGGCUUUUGGACGCGAUCGGCCCUUUAUGACAAGCAAUAUCUUGGGAGCAACAUCCAUGGAACAGUUGAAAGAAAACAUAAGCGCAUACCAGGUUCCUAGACCUCUUGCAAGGGAGAUUGAGGAGGAUAUUGAAGCUGUAUUUAAGAAGUAUAGAGAUCCUACUAUUUGAUUUCUUACUACCUACAGUAGAUCUUUCUCAACCUCUAGAGGGUGUUGUAUUAGUUCAGUUUUGGGGUCAAAAUCCAUGUUAAGUAGUAUUGACAAGUAGCUUAGAAUCAUUCUCGACAAAAUGUUAUGCAUCUGCGCACAGAGCUGCUUUGUGGCAAUAUUGUGCGUAGUAAGAGAGGGGCUCCUUUCACGAAAGUCAAAGUGACGCAUGCUCGAAUUGGGUCUCGGUGGGUGAAGUGAUCAUGUGUUCAUCAAGUCCAAGUUUGUUUCGUACCGAGGAAGCACAUCUGAAGUGAAAAUUCGAAUGCGUAACUGAUGUAGGUAUUUGAUAGGGAUGUUUUAACUUUGUUCUUUAGGAAUUUAUGUCCUUUGUCAAUAUGUGUGUGAGUACUCAACCGGUCGCAAGGCGAACAGCCGAGAACUAUUUUGAGUAACAAUGGACGAAGAAGUGUAUAGUUCA